CCGGGGGACGGGAGUCGCCGCAGGACAAACCUCUCCCGGCCGCUCCGAGCUGAGCUACGGAUUGGGACCGGCAGAGGGAGAGGGCGCUCCUGCUGGCAGCGGCCUCGGCGAGAGGAGUCCUCAGGGGGGUGUCAUCGAGAAGCAAAAGCAGGCCUGGUCAACGCCAGCCCUACCUGGUGAACAGGGUCUGGGCCGUGCUUGAGCUGCUGCAGCGAAUUCACAUGCUGGACAGUGAGUUUAUGUUUGGGCUGCUCGAUGUGAGUCCAGACAAGCUCUGGACGUGAAUUUGAGUUGUACUGGGGACCUGGUUUCUUACCGUGUUGAAGUAUACAGCAAAUUCUGCAUGCACUGGGGGCUGGAGCUAACAGGAGCAGCAUUAUGGACAACAUUUAAAACAAGUAGUUUGUGUUCCCUGGAACAAAAGCAGCCUUUUUGGUACUGCAGAAAUUUGGGCUUUGUGUUUGUGCAACAAAGCACAUUGUGGAGGAAAGUCUCUGGUUCGUUAAGACAUCCACAAAGCCAGGCUGCUCCUUUGUGUGAGCACAACAAAUUAACUCCUGUGCAGCUAAUGCUAGGCAAUAAUAACUCAUGAGAAAAAUAAAGGCAUUGGUUGUAGUACAGGCUUGGAAUAAGACCAGUGAGCAGUCAGUGCCAUCAAUACAUUCAUGGUUCCACUUGCCUCCAGCUCGGCCACUGUACAAAUGAGGAGAACACAAACAUUAAUAAAGGUCACAUUUAAUGCAUAAGGACGAGGCUACUGCCAGUAUAAUCAACAAGAGAUCUUAAUAAUGAGAAUAAGUAGCGUUUAUUUCCCUAAUGUAUGAGACCCAUGCUCAGUUCCACACCAUCAGUUUCAAAGUGUAUGAACAGAUCAUUUUGAAUCUGGGCAGAGCGCCAGGUACAUGCUAUGCUAAUAUAUAUGUUUUGUUAAGAGUCCUUCUUGGGAUUUACGUAGGCUGUGUAAUUGCAUGCUCUCUAAGGAAGAUGGACUAAAGACCACUGGGGAGAAGAGACUCAGGGGGAAAUGGUGAGCAAAAAUAAAAGCAGACCUGAAGAAGGCAGAGAUAAAUGGUUGUGUGUGGGAGAAAAACCAGCCAGGUGGAAGUAUUGACAUGCUGGUUUACACAAGACAUAAGGAACUCAAUCUUGUUUCUGUUCAGCCUCUUUAUAUAUGAAAAAGUCAGAGACCACAUGGAACCUUUACAGCAUUGAAAGGCUUCUUUAACAUAUGGGUUUCCAGAUUUUUUCAACAUCUGGAAAUUACAAAAGAGCUCAUGGUUGAAGUGUGAAGUUCUUGACUGCUCUGGGCACAAGCUACAGCAGAAUACAUGAUGCUAUAACUCAAAAUGUGACAGAAACCCUGGGAUCUCUCUCUUAAAAUGCUGUGGCUGCAUUAGCACAAACGCCAACCACCCUUGAGCACAUUGUCUUACCAAUCUGCUUGCAAGAAAGAUGCUGCAAGUCUCACUGUUUCUUGGUGCUGCUUUGUGCUGAAAACUUCACCUUUGCUUUCACAUCUCUAGCAGGUGUGACAGUUUCUGAGCUACCAUUGCAGGUGAGAAGACACCUCCAGCCUGCUUUCUGCUUCUGUAGAAGCUGUUCUCUCAAGGUGCAAAUAAACAAGCUGGUGUUUCUGCAGAUGAGAAUAACUAGGAGAUAGUUUCAUCCCACCUCGUGCUUGAGGGACAGGAUUGUACAGCUGCAUAUCUGCAGCCACCCAGAUGCACAUCAUUCCUUGCCAAAACAAGGUGUGAGAUGAAAGUCUAGCAAGCAGCAUAGUCUUCGGAUGUUGGGAAAUGCAGGGAGCUUUCCAGCCUCUUCAGCAAAGUGUGGGAGCUCCCAUCAUCCUGAGCUCUGGAGAUGUGUGCUGGCAGCUGUGGGGGUCAGAACUCUGGGAGAAGAGAGGUUAAAUGGAUGAAGCACGGUCAAGCACACUCACAGAUGAAGAACAAAACUGCAUCCGGGACUGUGUUAGCCUCUACAAAGCAGAGCUUACCCUUAGAGCUGCCAACCAUUCAGUCAUAUGCAGAUAUACCUGCUAAAAUGGCCAGGGUGCCAAAAGUUAAUUUUAUUUUGCUUUAAGUUGUUGGGAAGUAGAAUUCUUGUAGACACUUGAGAAAACAGCUCUUAAUCCUGGUGUAUAAUCUAGCCUAGCGUGUGAUUUCUGAAUGUAAUGUCUAGUCUAUGGGUUAUGGAUAAGGUCCUAAGUCCCCUAACAUGCCUCUUUUCACAAGAGUUUUUGACUUAAGACACAUUAUUUAUGAAAGAUAAGGGAAAAUAUAAGAAACACAGAAGUCACUGCUUUCACUGGUGGCAUUCUCCUCGGUGAGGUCAGAUGAUAAUCUUCUUGUCAAUAACACAUCAGAAUUGGAACUUCAGAAGAGGAAGAACCAGCUCUGGAAUCAUGCCCCAGGGCACUACAAAGCACACACUUACAAGGACUGAAGCUGGUGCCACCAGCCUGGCAUGCAGGAGGCAGAGACAGGCAGGGUGUGAACACCAGCAGGAUGAGCAUCUGGAGGCACAGGGCGCCGAGAAGCCUGCAGAACCAGACACUGAGGUGACUUUACAGCCUCAUGCCUUGGCUGCUGGCUCCACGACCCCACUGCUUGAGGAGGUUACUCUGAAUUUAUGGUUUCCUUUCUCAGGCAAUGCAGGGAAAUAAGGUGAAUUAUCUGCUGCCUAAAAGGGACUUAGACUGCAGAAUCACAAGGGGAAGAGACAGGAUUGAAAACCUAGAAUGGCAGGAGAACAGAAACCGUCCUGCAAUCUUCUAGAGCAGUUUAUUUUACUAGCCAAAGGUACAAGUGGCUCAGCUCUGACUGCUCUUAUAAAUCAAGUGUUGGAGGCUCCUGGGGUUUAUGUCUUUGGAGAGCUAUUGGAGUUAACAAAUGUACAAGAGCUUGCUGAAGGGUCUAAUGCUGCCUAUUUCCAGCUGCUGAACCUGUUUGCAUACGGAACGUACCCAGACUAUGUAGCAAACAAAGAUAACCUGCCUGAAUUAACAGUGACUCAGAAGAACAAGCUGAAACACUUGACAAUUGUAAGCCUGGCUUCCAGAAUGAAGUGCAUUCCCUAUUCUGUGUUGCUGAAGGACCUGGAUAUGAGGAAUCUGAGGGAGUUGGAAGAUCUGAUUAUUGAAGCGGUUUAUACAGAUAUUAUCCAGGGGAAGCUGGAUCAACGAAACCAAGUGCUAGAGGUGGAUUUUUGUAUUGGCAGAGACAUUCAGAGGAAGGACAUUAGUAACAUUGUCAAAACACUCCAGGAAUGGUGUGAUGGCUGUGAGGCAGUUCUUUUAGGAAUUGAGCAGCAAGUUCUUAGAGCCAACCAAUACAAAGAGAACCAUCACCGAACUCAACAGCAGGUAGAGAUGGAGGUCACAAACAUAAAGAAAACAUUAAAAGCCACAGCCUCAUCGUCGGCACAGGAGAUGGAACAGCAGCUGGUAGAGCGAGAGUGCCCUCCACACACAGAACAAAGGCAGCCCACAAAGAAGAUGUCCAAAGUCAAAGGGCUGGUCUCCAGCCGUCACUAGAACAUACCAUCUAAAUGUCAUUCAGCUAGGAAUGACAACAGGACGAGCAAAAAAAGGGCCUGUGUCUCCUUUUUCAGUGGGUUCUGGGCCAGUCACUUCCAGACUGGCAAAUAAAAGCCCUGUUUGAAUACAGCUCCCAGUUAGCAGCACCUGGCUAAGUUACACUGUGCAGCCCCUAUGAAUUCCCAGGGUGUCCCUGUUCUGGUCCUAUAAAGAGGCACUUCUGAAGAGAGAGACUAACCAAAAGGGGCAGCAAAACAAAAAAAAGAAAUCUGUGGACAGUUUUGCUCCCUCCCAGCCAGUCUCAUUGCUGCUUAACCUUGAGGAAGCUGCUGUACAAAAUGGGAUCUUGGCAGAACUUCUGUAGCAAGUGUCUGAAUCCCAGGGUUGAAGUGUGGCUACCAAAGCCAGGCUGGGAGCGAGGAAGCCAUCAACACAGAUCUUUUCAUUCCCAAAGGGAGCGCAGAAAGGUUUCUAGGCCAGGAACUGCUUUACAUGGAAGUCUUCAGCCUUUCCACUGCCCCUGUCUAUUUUAAACUGGGGUGAAAUUCACACUACCUCGCUCUGUGAAGAUGAGAUUCAGUGCUGGGCUGUUUACUUAACUGUCUGUUUACUGCCCUUACUAAGCCCUUUAAUCUCUCACAGAUUUAAAGCACUGUACUGCAUCUCUGAGGCACCAAUACAAUAAGGAAGAAAGCAGGCUGCUCUUUCAAGCCUUCCUUCUUGCAGGUGGCUAGUUAGGGGCAUACUAGAAACUGUUCCUUUUGAAUGUGAUGUGACCUCCCAGAGCUGCUUGUGAGUUGUUUCCCCCAUUGAUACCUUCAAAGGGUAAUGCAUUCGCUAAGGGCUGCGUGGGAGAAGAGCCCAUUUAGCAGCACCGUGGCAGGCUGGUGGCCCAGGACCCACUGGCAGGGGUCGCAGCAGCAUCCCCUUGCUGAAGCAAUGGACUUGACCAGUCUUUCUGAAUUCUGAACACUUUCAGGUUGUAUUUUCCUCCAUUUUUUUGUACAUUGUUGUGAUUCUAAAGCAUUUCAGCCUUUGUUUUGUGUUGUUUUUUGUUUGUUUGGGUCUUUUUUUGUUACGGUCUAACUUCAGGUGGUUUGCACCUAUUUUGGCAAGGUGUGGGGCUAUUUUUUUUUAAGGGGGAGGAUGGGGUUGGCAUUGAAACCACAAUUCACAAAAAAAGCACAUUUUAGGAAAAGAAAUUAAACCCGUUGAUUUAA